GUUAUACAAAUCCCAGUUGUUUCACGCACAACCGGGAUGUCCGAAGAGUCGGCUUUGAGUGCCAUACUCGAAGAAAUUCUCCAGGCGCACAUAUCAUCAUCAAAUGACCCAUCUUACGAGAGUGCUAAAGCAAAACUUGCACAAGAACGCAGAUGUCUGGGCCGCAAUUCACGCAUGGUAAAGGUCCUCAGUUAUGAAAAGCUCGUUUUAGUCCUAGCGCUCGUGCUUCUCCCCCUUGGUCGUCACUUUCGUGAGCGGCGGGAGUUUUCUGUCGUUUGGCUGGAGAAAUCUAUUGGUACGGUGAUGGGGACUGUGGACACCACCCUGGAACAGGCUACUGCUGAUGGUCCUGAGGGCGCUGAAGCUCAGAAACAAAUUGCCCUGUGGAAAACUCAGAUCACUAACUCACAGGGCGCAUCAGACAUUGCAGUUUUCAAUGAUGUGUUUUAUAAUAUCAGCAAUCAUGCUAAGGAUGCAUUUGCGCACAUUCACACUGACAUAGGUGAGAAGACUGGCGCAUACUUGGAUGCUUUGAAUGACUACCGCUUCAAUAUCGUAAAAUUCUUGCGAGCAAAAUGGUUGGAAGGGAGCAGCGACACUAUCGAGGCCGAUGACAUCAUGCGACGAUAUGACAGAAUAACAGCUCGUAUUGCCGUGUGGUUGUCACCUCAGGAUAUUACAGGCAAUAUACCUAUUCCCCUGUUGUCUGCUUGGUUGCUGGAUUAUGCAUGGUCAUCGCUCAAUGCUGUGAAGGAAGGUUUCAUUGAAAUCUGCAGGUGGUUUGAGCCCCUUCUCGACUAUUACCCUUUUGUUCGCGCCAAGAGUCACGAUAUGGACGAUAAUAGUGAAGUUAUGGUGUACAAUGUGGUAAACCAUGUAGUAAGGAUCUAUGCACCAGACGCAGAUUUGCAGCUAUGUCAUUUCUUAUGGGAGCAUCGAAACACUCUAAUCUUCCACCUUCACAACACGAUGUCAACAAUCAGCGAGAAGGAGAUUCAACAGGACCGUCCAAAAGACAUUAUGCAGAUCGAUAAUGCUUUUGACAAACUUCCAGGAGAUGAGAAACAAGCGUUCAAGCAGCUCGUUGCAUCAGUGAAGAAUGUUUCAAAAGGGGGCUUACACUGUAUCCGGGGCAGUGGUGCCUAUGCCAUGCGCGUCACGAAAUGGGACUGGCGGAACAAAACACUGAAGAACUCGAAGCGUGAUAUCGAACCCUUGGUCAAGGCAGUAUUUCUUGAAUUACGCAAAGCAAGGGGGUACAGAACCGUAAUCUUGGCGGAUUCCGUCGUCGCUGGCCUCAGAAAGCAACUCGAAGAUGUUCUCGUUUCAAUGAUGAAACCGAACUUUCAUAUUCGACUUGGUGGCAAAUUUGCGACGAGCGAAACAUGGCAGUGGUGGGAUGGCAUAGAGAUUCCCAAGGAUACCACUCCCAUUACGUCGAAGCUACAACAGAUUCAGCUAGAGCAGCGGGAUCAGGAUGCGAUAACAGACCUCGUCACAUAUGUCGAACAUAUGGCUUGUGCUCAGGGAACAACUGCAAAGGACAGCCCGUUGAAUUCGGAGGUUGCCAAGGCGUUGGACACCCUUGUACAUGCUCUCAAGUCCAGCAGUACUCAUCUCCAUAACUCCAGCAUGGCGGCGGAUCCAGAUUUGUCUCGCGACAUCAGGGCGGCCGUUCAUCUCAAGAUUCCCAGAACAAAGGACCAUGUUGACGCAAAAACUACUCUAGAGUCCCAGAUUUCCGGUCCUUCUUCAAAACGUCAGCGAACAUUUACUGUCUCUGGAUCGCCUACCGCAAUGAAGAAAAGGGCCCACAGCUCUCCCGCUCGAAACUCUGCCAUUUCUGAUGACGAGGAUAUCAUCGGUUGACUUCUGUAUUGUGUUUGAUUCCUCCUGCGUAUUCGCUGUUUUGUCAGGGUUUCUCUGCAUGUUCUUGUAUAACUCACCGCUGUACCUAAUCACGCAUCAUACCUCACAGUUUCUUUAUUUUCCUGAUCAUGCAGAAUUGCGGCGAGUCUGAUCCCGCCCCUUUGAGAUCAAAGAGAGAACGGCAGCAGUACUUGUUACUUACCUGAAGUCUAUGCAGUAUAUGAACGGAACUUGAAAUUGAAAUUUGAUGCAUUAUGUGAAG